UUACGUACAAUUUAUUUCCCCUCAACUUCCUUCCACAAACCAUACAGGACCCUUGUUCACCCGUAGCACAGGGAACACAUUGGCCGUCAAUUCCAACAUUGACCAUCUUCCAGACACAAUUGUAUCAAGCUCGACAAGAUCGAAGCACUGAACAUGUCACAAAGCAAGUGCCCAAUUAAGAAUGCCAACAUCGGUGGCGGCGGCACUCAGAACAGCGACUGGUGGCCAGAGGCACUGCGACUCAACAUCCUUCGUCAGCACACGCCUGUGACGAACCCCUUCGGCGAGUCGCAGGACUAUACUUCCAAUUUCCAGAAGCUUGACUAUGCAGGCCUCAAGGAAGACCUCACCAAGCUCAUGACCGAAUCCCAGGACUUCUGGCCCGCGGACUUUGGCCACUAUGGUGGUCUCUUCAUUCGAUUGGCUUGGCACAGUGCUGGCACGUACCGUGUGCAGGACGGACGAGGUGGCGGUGGUCAGGGUCAGCAGCGAUUCGCACCUCUCAAUUCUUGGCCUGAUAACACUUCUCUUGACAAGGCUCGACGUUUGCUCUGGCCCAUCAAGCAAAAGUACGGUAAACAAAUUUCCUGGGCAGACUUGAUGCUGCUUUCUGGCAAUGUUGCCCUUGAGUCAAUGGGAUUCAAAACCGAAGGCUUUGCAGGCGGCCGUCCCGAUACAUGGGAAGCCGAUGAGUCAGUCUACUGGGGCGCUGAAAGCACUUGGCUCGGCAACGACAUUCGCUACGCUACCGGCAAUGAAGGCGUCAGCAGCCACGCAGGUGCAGGUGUCAUUGACGGUGAUCUGCACAAGAAGGACCACAAAAACAUCCAUUCGCGUGAGCUUGAACAGCCUCUGGGCGCUUCUCACAUGGGCCUCAUCUAUGUCAACCCGGAAGGUCCCGAUGGUAUCCCAGACGCUUUGGCUGCUGCUCACGAUAUCCGCACGACCUUUGGUCGUAUGGCCAUGGAUGACGAAGAGACUGUUGCCCUUAUCGCCGGCGGCCACACUUUUGGAAAGUGCCAUGGUGCCGCCGUGUCGGAGAACUUGUCGCAUGAACCCAAUGCUGCUGGCAUCGAAGCCCAAGGUCUUGGCUGGACCAACAAGUACAAGAGUGGCAAAGGUCCUGACGCCAUCACUUCCGGACUUGAGGUCACCUGGACAAAGACGCCCACAAAGUGGAGCAUGCACUACCUGGAAUACAUGUACAAGUAUGAAUGGGAGCUCACCAAGUCGCCUGCCGGUGCCAACCAGUGGGUCGCAAAGACUGAAGAUCUCAUCAUUCCUGAUGCCUUUGACGCCAACAAAUUCCACAAGCCAACCAUGCUGACCACCGAUCUGGCGCUGCGAUUUGACCCUGCGUACGACAAAGUCUCGCGAAAGUUCCUCCAAAACCCAGACUACUUUGCCGAAGCCUUUGCCAAGGCUUGGUUCAAGCUGCUUCACAGAGACAUGGGUCCGCGAUCUCGCUGGCUUGGUCCUGAAAUUCCCAAAGAGGUUCACAUUUGGGAAGACCCCGUGCCUGCCGUUGAUGCAAGUAAGAUGAUUGGAAAGGGUGACAUUGAGCAACUCAAAAAGUCAAUUCUCGCAGCUGGCGUUGCUCCUGAAGCUCUCAUCAAAGCUGCCUGGGCCUCUGCAUCGACAUUCCGUGCGGGUGACAAGCGUGGUGGCGCGAAUGGUGCACGAGUUCGAUUAGAGCCGCAGAACAACUGGAAGGUCAACAACCCUGCUGAGCUCACAAAGGUCCUUUCUGCCUUGGAAAAAGUCCAACGAGAAUUCAACAAUGGCAACAAGACUGUUUCGCUUGCCGAUCUGAUUGUUCUCGGCGCCAAUGCCGCCAUCGAGAAGGCCUCCGGCCUACAAGUUCCCUUCAACGCCGGACGAACCGAUGCUUCUCAGGAUCAAACGGACGUUCACUCCUUUGAGCACCUCGAACCCGUCGUUGAUGGAUUCCGCAACUUUGGUGUCAGUCCUCGACCCAACCGUGUCCGCACUGAACAAUUCUUGGUAGACAGGGCGCAGCUACUGAGCUUGUCCGCGCCCGAGAUGACUGCUCUCGUUGGCGGACUUCGUGUACUGAAUGCUAAUACUGACGGAUCCAAUCUUGGUGUCUUCACCGCUCAACCUGGCCGAUUAUCCAAUGACUUCUUUGUCAACCUUCUCGACCCGCGUUUGGAGUGGAAAGCAACAAGCGAUAGCCAGGAGCAGUUCGAGGCAUUCGACCAAAAGACACGAGAGAAGAAGUGGCGAGGCACUCGUGCUGAUCUUGUCUUUGGAUCUCAAGCCGAACUGCGCGCCAUUGCUGAAGUGUAUGGCUCUCGUGAUGGUGAGGGCAAAUUCAAGCAAGACUUUGUCAAGGCUUGGGCCAAGGUGAUGGAUUUGGAUCGCUUUGAUCUACCGAUUCACAAAGCAGAUGACCCGAAGUUAUAGACAAUUAGCAAUGUGCCAGUUGUCACGAACUGACUGCAAGUGCGCUUUCUUGGCUUUAAGGUGUUUCUUCCCUUGCUUAAAUUUCGCGAAUAUACUUUUGUGCGCAACCACAACGACCGAUCAAGGCCUCGUCUUCCGAACAUGGAAUCACUCGUUCAGCAUCUUCAACAGUUGUUUGCUUUCUUCUGCCGCAAGUCUCUUCUCUUAUUCUCGCUACAA